UUCAUUGCCUCCUUGAGUCUGUUGGCUAGAGACAGGCAGACAAGCACCCAGUCGCAUAGGUUAUCCUAAUCUUAAGUGGUGUUUGUUGAAAAUCACAGGGUGUUGUUUGUUGAGCAAGGGCCCCUUGCAUGGUUUAGGGGAGACCUGGAAGGUCUCUUUCACUGUAAGUUGUGUUUGAUAUUUAACAUACCCAAAAAGUGAACAGGAAGCAACCAGAUGGGAUGGGUUUCAAGGAGAAGGGUGUUGGGCUCAAGAGGAAAAUGGGUGGGAUGAAGCCUUUAUGUCAUUUGUAGGAUCUUGAAUAUGAUGGCAGUGGUGACACCCACUCCAGGGCUAUGGGGUUUUCUAAUGGUCCUACUACAGCUGUGCAGAGCACUGUUUAUGGAGUGGGUACUGCUGGUACCCUUGUGGGGCACCAGUGUGAGAAGAUUGUUUUUACCCCCAGAGAGUGCAGCACCAAGAGCUUCAGUUCCUCAUCCAGACACGUGGCUCAGCCUGUGCAGUCAUGUGCAGCCACCCAGGAGAGGAGAGUGGGUGUUAGCAAACAGUGCCCCUACAGUUGCCCAAGGAUAGUGUGAUGGAUGAACUAUAAUAGCCGAGAGAAUGAGACUUGGUUUGUGGUUGAAAUCAGAAAUAGAGUGAUGAUUAACUAAUACUUUUGACAGAGGAGUAGCAAUAUGACUCAGAGGUUUGUGGUGUGGACAUCUGAGUGGGGUGGGAUAGGGAAAGCAUUUAUGGUGCUGGAAGCACUGGGGUGGGGAUGGAAGUAGGUGGAAGGGCAAGAUGAGGUUGGGGAGAGAAGGUAAUUCCCCUCUGGAGCUGAUUUGUUUGUGAAACAACCAAAUGGAUUGGAGAAGCUGGCAAUCAGAAAGAGCUGGGAUGGAAGAGUCUGCAGACCUGAGUCUAAAAGCCUGUAGGAAGGUUCUUUUCCAGCAGCUAUACACCAUUCUCUGUGCUGGGAGGCCAGUUAUGACAGCUGUUCAUAAGGAACCAGGUACACAUUGAGGGCAGUUGGAAAGCCUGCUGGGACAUGUCAUCAUUGCUGGAUGCCUGGUGCUCCAUAGAAAUUUGGCAGCACAAUAGCCCCUCUGAGCAAGUCCAGGAUGUCACCAGGAAUCAGAGCCUCAGCAGACUCAGACUUCCUGUGAUUCUAAAUGCUCUGUCCUGUGCAGUGAUAUCCUGUCCCUCUGAUAAACUGGCAUUUCAUCUGGCCACAGCAAGACACUGGAGGAAACAUCACUGGCGUCCAAGGCCGAGAAGAUUGUCCUACCACACCACGAAGCCUCAGACUGUUCUUUGAAAUGCUGAGACACUUGUUUCGGAGGAGACUUUUCUCUUAUCCUACAAAAUACUACAUUCUGGUUCUUGUUCUCUCUCUAAUUACCUUCUCUGUUUUAAGAAUUCAUCAGAAGUCUGAAUUUGUUAGUGUCAGACACUUGGAGCUUGCUGGAGAUGAUCCUUACAGCAAUGUUAAUUGCACCAAGAUUUUACAGGGUGACCCAGAAGAAAUCCAGAAGGUGAAGCUUGAGAUACUAACAGUGCACUUCAAGAAGCGCCCAAGGUGGACACCGCAAGACUAUAUAAACAUGACCCAUGACUGUGCCUCUUUCAUGAGGACACGCAAAUAUAUUGUGGAGCCCCUUACUAAAGAAGAGGUAGACUUUCCCAUUGCAUAUUCCAUAGUGGUUCAUCAUAAGAUUGAAAUGCUUGACAGGCUCCUGAGAGCUAUCUAUAUGCCUCAGAAUUUCUAUUGCAUUCACGUGGACAGAAAAGCAGAGGGAUCCUUUUUAGCCGCGGUGCAGGGCAUCGCUUCCUGCUUUGAUAAUGUCUUUGUGGCCAGCCAGUUGGAGAGUGUUGUUUAUGCAUCCUGGAGUCGGGUUAAGGCUGACCUCAACUGCAUGAGGGACCUGUACAGAAUGAGUGCAAACUGGAAGUACUUGAUCAAUCUUUGUGGUAUGGACUUCCCUAUUAAAACCAACCUGGAAAUUGUCAGGAAGCUCAAGUGCUUCACAGGGGAAAACAACCUGGAAACUGAGAAGAUGCCUCCCAACAAGGAAGAGAGAUGGAAAAAGAGAUACUCCAUUGUUAAUGGGAAGCUGGUAAACACUGGAGUAGCCAAAGGGAAGCCUCCACUCAAAACUCCUCUUUUUUCAGGAAGUGCCUACUUCGUGGUCAGCAGGGAAUAUGUCAGCUAUGUGCUGGAAAAUGAAAAUAUUCAAAAGUUCAUGGAAUGGGCACAGGACACAUACAGCCCAGAUGAGUUCCUCUGGGCCACCAUCCAAAGGAUCCCUGAAGUCCCUGGUUCUCUCCCCACAAACCAUAAGUAUGACUUGUCUGACAUGAAUGCUGUUGCUAGGUUUGUCAAGUGGCAGUAUUUCGAAGGCGACGUUUCCAACGGCGCACCUUACCCACCGUGCAAUGGAGUCCACGUGCGGUCCGUGUGCGUUUUCGGAGCUGGUGACUUGAGCUGGAUGCUGCACCAACACCACUUUUUUGCCAAUAAGUUUGACAUGGAUGUUGACCCCUUUGCCAUCCAGUGUUUGGAUGAGCAUCUGAGGCAUAAAGCCCUGGAAACCUUAGAACACUAAGCGGUGUUGGCAGCCCUGGGGAAGAUAAGGAUGCACAAACUGUACCUUCAUCUGUCUCCCUUCUCUCCUACGGGGGUCCUCCUUGGGGGGAUGACUUUGAAGUCUCCCUGGCAGGGAAGCUGCAUGAAUCCUACAGAAUAUAGUUACAGGAGAGGCCUGUAUUCUAGAGGAAAUGUGAGGACCAAGUUAGGACAGCUGGAGGCUGGGAAGAUUUUUUUUUUUUUUGGACAGAGGGGAAUUUCCCAUGAUUGGGAAAGAGGCCAGUGAAAAACAACAGCCUCGAGAACUAAUCAAAGAACCCAGGUACUUAAUCUAAACGAGAUUUGAUUUAUGCCAAAAGUCUCUUGAGAAUUUUAAACACGAUAAUUUUCUUGACAUGAAUAAAUUUGUAGCAACCACCAAUCACAAAGAUAUGAUUUAUCUUGUAUGUUUUUUUGGAACAGACGUUUGGUUUUACUCUAAGUUAUCUUUGUAAGUAAUUUCCUUCCUGCUGUGAUUUUGGAUAGUGAGUCUCCACGUAUCAUCUCAGGGAGCUUAAAAUAUGUUUGGCAUGAAUAGCUCUGUCUUAAUUUUUGCUUAUAACUAUGCAUACAUGUUUUUUAAAGCAAGGGGAACAAAGAGACUGUUUCUAGUUCACCGAUUUCUAUGAAUAUUCUUCAGUUAUUAAAAAGGAACCAGCUGGGUGUGUGG